AUGUAUUUUAGAGGAAAAAGUACAGAACCCUACUGUGAUGAGCCAGAUACUUUAAAAUGCUACCAUCAGAAAGCAUUUGGCAUUUGUGCUGUUGGACGAUUCGCUCAGCGCUUACCACCAGAAGAACAAUAUUUCAAAGAUCCUGUUCAAGGAGGUACGAGUGUAUUAACAGAUAGGUGUCCUAUGAUUCAGCCUAUGGGGAAAUUCUUCAAUGAACCAUUUAUGACUUACUGUGAUCAUCAAUUAAACAUUCCUGUUGCUCAAAAAGGAAAUAUGUUUGCUCAAGAUUUUGGAAAUAAUUCGGCGUGUAUUGUGCAUAAAGGAGCAUGGAGAGCUGAAAUGAAUGGGAGAGCAUCACAAGAUCCUCGAGUGAAAGCAACUUGCCAUCAGUAUUCAUGUUCUGGUGGUGUUCAAGUAAUUAUUAAUGGUCAACCAUUCCCGUGUAAUUCAGGAGUAGCCAAAAUUCAAACUAAACAAAUUCAAGGCGAAAUAAUCUGCCCUGAUGCUAACAUGGUUUGCAGAAAUUUAAAAUAUCAGGAAAACGAAAAUUCUUUAAAACUACGUCUUCUACUGUGUUUUAAAAAGAUAAAUAGUAAUGAUGAAGAUUGUAAUAGCUAA